GGAAGAUUGACCGUGACUCGGAAACUUCUACGAAGUCCUUGCCGUCCUUUCAGAGCCAAAGCAUGAGAACGGCAAUGCCCGUAACUCGAUAUCCCGCACGGACCCGGGCUAUGCACCAGUUGGACACUUUCUAGAGCCGAUCCCCUCUGUCAGCACGUCCAACGUGUAUUCGUCUUGUCUCUGCGCUCUGUCAUAUCCCUGGACCGCCUCGUUCUCCCGCUGGUCUCACCAUGCCAGUCGCCCAUAAGACUUUUAGCGCACUCAAGACAACGUUCGUUGUCGAUCCCGAGUACGACUUUAUCAAGGAGCUCGGGCAGGGCGCCUACGGCUGUGUCAUUGCGGCCAGACAUCGCUCCUCGGGCGCUGGGUGUGCGAUCAAGAAGAUCACAAAAAUCAACAGCAAGCGGAUUCUGACCAAGCGGUGUUUGAGGGAGAUUCGACUCUUAUAUCAUUUUCGCGGGCACAAAAACAUUACAUGCAUCUACGACAUGGACAUCGUGCCCGGGCCCGACGGCGACUUUGACGAGGUGUACCUCUACGAAGAACUCAUGGAAGCUGAUCUGCAUGCCAUUAUCAGGUCCGGCCAGUCGCUCACCGAUGCACACUUCCAGUCGUUCGUCUAUCAGACCCUCUGCGGGCUCAAGUUCAUCCACUCCGCGAAUGUCCUGCACCGGGAUCUGAAGCCGGGGAAUCUGCUCGUGAAUUCCGAUUGCGAGCUCAAGAUCUGUGAUUUUGGGCUCGCCAGGGGCUACUCGCCGGGAGUCGGUGCAUCGAAGGCCGGCGGGCCACAGGGAUUCAUGACGGAGUAUGUGGCUACGAGGUGGUAUCGGGCGCCGGAGAUCAUGCUCAGCUUCGCGAAUUACACCACGGCCAUUGAUAUAUGGUCUGUCGGAUGUAUAUUAGCGGAACUGAUCGGGGGGAAACCUCUGUUCAAGGGCAAAGACUACGUCGACCAGUUGAACCAGAUCUUGAACCUCCUCGGGACCCCGACCGAGGAGACUCUCCGCCGUGUCGGUUCCCCGCGCGUUCGUGCUCUGAUUAUCUUGCUUGUCAUUCAUCCCAAACACGAAUCCUCCCAGGCCCAAGAUUACAUGCGCGCCUUGCCCAUCAAACCACGCAUUCCGUUUGCCACGAUAUUUCCACGCGCCAACCCGCUGGCAUUGGAUCUGCUCAGCAAGAUGCUUACAUUCGACCCCUCCCAGCGUAUCACCUGCGCUGCGGCCCUUGAACACCCGUAUUUUGGCCAGUGGCGCGAUCCGCGGGACGAACCGGCAUGCGAUGUUCCGUGUGACUUCGCAUUCGAGAACGAGGACGACCCGGCCAAGAUGAAGAAGCUCAUUGUUGAUGCGGUGCAAAAGUUCCGCAAGGAAGUACGUGCGCAGGCUGCUCCACAGAACGAGAAUCGCAAACUGGAUGUGCUGGCGAUCCCGUCCCGUGAUGAGAUCCUCGCUUCUCCAGUGAAAGAGCACGGGCCGUUCGGUGGAGCGACAUCGGGAUUUACCGUCCCGUCGCAAUCUCUUGAGGAGCACAUCGCCAUAGACGAGCCAGAUAUCGAGCUCGACCGAGAGCUUGAGUUAGUUGUGCCUUCCUCCACCACAUAUAAGAAGGAUGACGGUAAAUCUCUAGAUAUCUCGUCGUCUGAGCUUAUGGGGUCUACUUCAAUUUCUACUCUAGCCUGGGCCGCCGGUGCGGUAUCGCUUGGUGUCUACUUUACUCGCUGGCUGCGCACCACCAGGUCGAACCUCCCCCUUCCCCCGGGUCCGCGACCGCUUCCUCUCGUAGGCAACCUCUUUGACUUGGAUGCUCGUCGUCAGUGGGCGAGACUGCAGGCACUGAGCCAGGAACUCGGCUCGGAUGUCAUACACCUUGAUAUGGCAGGGACUCCGCUGAUUGUCCUGUCAUCUGUUGAGGCCGUCGAAGACUUGCUCGAGAAGCGAUCGCAUAAUUAUUCCGAUCGACCCAAGCUAACAAUGCUGUCCGAGCUCAUGGCAUUCACCUUCAAUCUCGGUGCUAUGCCGAGACCAAUGGCGCGUGCGGUAUCUCCUCAUCCUCUUGAAGCUUACCACCAUUCCCCUAGGCGGGCCCAGCGACGGCUUAUCACUGAGGGCUUCAAUUCUAAAGUAUCUCCAAGGCUCGAGGGUGCGGAAAUCAAGGCUGCUCAUGGACUCUUGCGCCGACUGUUGGUCGACCCGAACAAUUUUAUGCUGCACAUCAAGCAUAUAGCGGCUGCAGUCAUCAUCUCCGUCGCCUAUGGCAUCGACGUGCUUCCCGAGGAUGAUCCAUACAUUGAACUGGGAGUCCAGGCUCUGUCAGUGGGCGGAGAGGCUAUGACUCAGGGGGCCUUUUGGGUGGACUACAUCUCGUUGCUGAAAUACGUUCCAGAAUGGUUUCCAGGGGCUGGUUUCCAGCGGAAGGCUAGGGAAUGGAAAGCGAUCGGACGCAGAGCGUUGGACAUUCCGAUUGCAGAAGUACGGCGUCGAAUGAACGCCGGGACUGCGUCAUCAUCCUUCUCUGUCGACAGUCUUGAUGAGCUCCAACUCACCGCCCAAGAGGACAGAUACUUCGAUGAGGAGACCGUCAAGGGCGCCGCCGCGACGCUCUUUAUUGCGGGCUCAGACACCAUCGCCGGCGCAGUGAACACUUUCAUCCUUGCGAUGCUUGCCAACCCCGAAGCACAGAAGAUCGCGCAGGCAGAGAUCGAUGCCCUGCUGGCUGGAGAGGAGCGUCUGCCCACGUUCGCAGACCAGGCCCGGCUCCCGUAUACCACAGCGUUAAUGAAAGAGGUGUUCCGGUGGAAGAACGUGUUCCCGGUGAACCUCCCUCACCUUUCGACCGUGGAAGACGAGUAUAGAGGGUGGAGGAUCCCCGCUGGCUCGAUUGUGAUGGCGAAUACUUGGGCGAUCGUACAUGACGAGAAACUGUUCCCCCGUCCAUUUGACUUCAAUCCCGAGCGCUUCCUGGAUCUGGAGCCGAGUGACAAGACCGCGCCCCUCUACCUUGCCGGAUUCGGGUUCGGCCGGAGAAUCUGCCCUGGGAGAUUCAUGGCCAUGUCAUCCGUUUGGAUCACCAUCGCCUCAAUCCUUUCUGCAUUCGACAUAACUAAGGCGCUGGAUGAGGACGGCCAAGAGAUAGAGCCUACGUUCGAAGAUAUCCCCCAUUUCAUGAGUGGCCCCGUUCCCUUCACGUGUUCAAUUCGGCCUCGAUCCAUGGCCGUGGCAGAUCUCAUUCGAGCGACCGAAAGCUUGGCGUAGAGAGAAAGAAGAUCGGACCAUAGUCCAUAGUCCAUAUUACAUACAUGUUGUUCCUGUAUCGUCCGCCCCAGCAGCCACAGGCACAAGGCAGAAUCUUUCCGACCUCCGAAAAAUCACUCCGAUGACCAGUGGUCUCCUGAUUAUUAUUCCAUGGGGAAAACAUGAUUGUCGUCCGAUUGCCG